GCCGUCCGGCCGCCCCGAGAUUGGCCAGACGGGUGGCUGCCGCGUCCAAUGGGCAGCGCCGCCGGCUUUCCCGCGGCUAUUCACUAUUCGAGUGGGUCGUGGCGGCCGCGGCGGUUAAAGAGCAUAACGGUCGCUGGUCUCCGAUGCGACGAUGGCUGCCUUAGGGCCGGGAGGCUACGCGCGGAAUGAUGCAGUCGAGAAGCUGCCAUCUAUCAUGGGGGGAAUUCCAGCGCGAAGAACCCAGUCCCCCCCGCCCCCUGCCCCACCACUCUGCCUCCGGCGGCGGACACGACUCUUGACGGCGCCCGAGGACACCGUGCAGAACCGGGUGUCACUUGAGAAGGUGCUUGGCAUCACAGCCCAGAAUAGCAGUGGUCUAACCUGUGACCCUGGCACAGGCCAUGUGGCCUACCUUGCAGGCUGUGUGGUGGUGAUUUUGAACCCCAAGGAAAACAAGCAGCAGCACAUCUUUAAUACUGCCAGGAAGUCUCUGAGUGCCUUGGCCUUCUCCCCUGAUGGGAAGUUCAUAGUGACGGGGGAGAACGGGCACAGGCCAGCCGUGCGCAUCUGGGAUGUGGAGGAGAAAAGCCAGGUGGCAGAGAUGUUGGGCCACAAGUAUGGUGUGGCCUGUGUGGCCUUCUCGCCCAAUAUGAAGCACAUCGUAUCAAUGGGCUAUCAGCAUGACAUGGUCCUCAACGUCUGGGACUGGAAGAAAGACAUUGUAGUGGCCUCCAACAAGGUAUCAUGCAGGGUCAUUGCCCUCUCCUUCUCUGAGGACAGCAGUUAUUUUGUCACUGUGGGGAACCGACAUGUGAGGUUCUGGUUCUUGGAAGUCUCUACUGAAGCAAAGGUGACAGGCACAGUGCCCUUGGUGGGACGUUCAGGCAUCUUGGGUGAGCUUCACAACAACAUCUUCUGUGGUGUGGCCUGCGGUCGGGGCCAGAUGGCAGGCAAUACCUUCUGUGUGUCCUACUCGGGCCUGCUCUGCCAGUUCAAYGAGAAGAGGGUGCUGGAGAAAUGGAUCAACCUGAAGGUCUCCAUGUCUUCUUGCCUCUGUGUCAGUGAGGAUCUCAUCUUCUGCGGCUGCACAGAUGGGAUAGUCCGAAUUUUCCAAGCCCACAGCCUUCACUACCUCACCAACCUGCCCAAGCCACACUGCCUUGGGGUGGAUGUGGCACAGGGCCUGGAGCCCAGCUUCCUCUUCUGCAGGAAGGCGGAAGCAGUCUACCCAGAUACAGUGGCACUGACCUUCGACCCCAUCCACCAGUGGCUGUCCUGUGUGUAUAGAGACCACAGCAUCUACGUCUGGGACAUCAAGGACAUCAAUAAAGUGGGCAAGAUGUGGUCAGAACUCUUCCAUAGCUCCUAUGUCUGGAAUGUGGAGGUGUAUCCUGAAUUUGAAGAUCAGAGAGCUUGUUUGCCAUCAGGAUCUUUUCUAACUUGUUCCUCAGACAACACCAUCCGCUUCUGGAACAUGGAUGGCAAUCCUGACUCUCACUGGCAGAAAAACAUCUUCAGCAAUACCCUGCUGAAGGUAGUAUACAUGGAGAAUGACAUCCAGCACCUGCAGGACACAUCACACUUCCCAGACCGGGGCAGCGAGAAUGGGACACCCAUGGAUGUGAAAGCUGGGGUGCGAGUCAUGCAGGUCAGUCCUGAUGGCCAGCACUUGGCUUCAGGCGACCGAAGUGGAAAUCUGAGGAUCCACGAGCUGCACUUCAUGGAUGAGCUGGUCAAAGUGGAGGCCCAUGAUGCUGAGGUGCUGUGCCUGGAGUACUCCAAGCCUGAGACAGGGCUGACCUUGCUGGCCUCUGCCAGUCGAGACCGACUGAUCCAUGUGCUGAAUGUGGAGAAAAACUACAACCUGGAGCAGACCCUGGACGACCAUUCUUCCUCCAUCACAGCCAUUAAGUUUACUGGCAACAGAGACAUACAGAUGAUCAGCUGUGGGGCAGACAAGAGCAUCUAUUUUCGCAGUGCUAAGAGGUCCUCGGAUGGACUACACUUUGUCCGCACCCACCAUGUAGCAGAGAAAACCACCUUGUAUGACAUGGACAUUGACAUCACACAGAAGUAUGUGGCUGUGGCCUGCCAGGACCGCAAUGUGAGGAUCUACAACACAGUGAAUGGGAAGCAGAAGAAGUGCUACAAGGGCUCUCAGGGCGAUGAAGGAUCUCUGCUGAAGGUCCACGUGGACCCUUCAGGCACCUUCCUGGCCACGAGCUGUUCUGACAAAAGCAUCUCAGUGAUAGACUUUUACUCAGGAGAGUGCAUUGCCAAGAUGUUUGGUCAUUCAGAAAUUGUUACCGGCAUGAAGUUUACUUAUGACUGUCGUCAUUUGAUCACAGUAUCUGGAGACAGCUGUGUAUUCAUCUGGCACCUGGGCCCAGAGAUUACCACCUGCAUGAAGCAGCACUUGCUGGAGAUCAACCACCAGGAGCAGCAGCGGCAACAGCAACCCAAGGACAGGAAGUGGGGCAGCCACCCCAGGCAGGAGACAUAUGCAUCCAUGCCCAGUGAGAUUCUGUCCUUAAGCCCUGGAGAGCAGACAGAAGAUGAGAUGGAAGAGGAGUGUGAACCAGAGGAGCUGCUGAAAACACCCUCCAAAGAGAGCUUGGAUCCAGAUCCUCAGUGCCUACUAACCAAUGGCAAGCUGCCACUCUGGGCCAAGCGGCUGCUAGGAGAUGAUGAUGUGGCAGAUGGCUCAGCCUUCCACACCAAGCGCAGCUACCAGCCACAUGGCCGCUGGGCAGAGCGGGCUGACCAGGAGCCCCUCAAGACCAUUCUGGAUGCCCGGGACCUGGAUUGCUACUUUACCCCCAUGAAGCCUGAAAGUCUAGAGGACUCCAUUCUAGACACAGUGGAGCCACAGAACCUGGCAGGCCUGCUAAGCGAGGUACGUCCUAGCCCAGCCUACAGCCCCUGCCCCAAGCCUUCCCACCCAGGACUUGGGAGUCCCCAGGAAGAUGGCUGUGGGCAUUCCUCCUUCCUGCCCUUACAGAGGGAGUCACCUGAGGCCAGAGAGCUCAUCAUCUACUCCCUGGAGGCAGGAAUGACAAUCACAGGGACAGACAGGUGGGUCCUCUUGCACCAAGAGCAGCCUUAUGAGAAGGAGGUGGAGUCAGGGCCUGGAGACCAGCAAGGAGACUCCUAUCUCAGAGUCUCUUCCAUCAGCUCCAAGGAUCAGAGCCAACCUGAGGACUCAGGGGAGUCGGAAGUCGACUUGGAGUGUAGUUUUGCCACCAUUGAUUCCACUCCUCCACAACCUGACCCAGACCCUCAGUGUGCUAUGAUGAAGCCCCACAUGCCAGGUACAGCAGAAGAGUCGUCCCGACCUGAAGGACCAGGCUUGGCCAACAGCUCCCUGCCUCAGACCCCCGAGCAGGAGAAGUAUCUCCGCCACCACUUUGAGACGCUUACUGAUGUCCACCCUGAAGAGCUUUUUCAUGGGUCCCUGGGAGACACAAAGGUCUCUGACUCUGAGGACUUCUUCAAUCCUCGCCUGAGCAUCUCAGCCCAGUUUCUCUCACGCCUCCAAAAGAAAUCCAGGUGCACCCAUGCCUUCCCUUCCCGACUGCCCCUGCACCUUUUGAAGUCUCCAGAGGUCAAGUCCACAGGCCAAGGGGGAAGCCAGCCCAAAACAGAGCUCCUGAGAGCAGGUACUGGCUACGCCUCCCCAGACAAGAUCAACGUCCUCUCUGGGGGGAAGGCUGAGGAAUCCCUCGAGACCCUGGAGGCCUGGUGCCCACUGAACAGGAAGCCGACUCCCACGUCGAUACCUGCCCCAAGCCUGGCUCAGGGUGUCUUCCCUUCACCCUGUUCAUACAUGAAGACCACUGCUAGCUCCCAUGCCAGGAUAUCACGCAGCAUCUCCCUUGGGGACAGUGAGAGCCCAGUCGUGGCUGAGUUGACCAGGCCCCUCCACAGGCCCUCAUCCAUGGGGGAACUGGCCUCCUUGGGCCAGGAGCUCAAGGCCAUGACCACCAGAGUGAUACCCAGUUCUGACAAUGAAGGCCAAGAACCUGUCCUGCCCUCCUGGGGCAACCAUGAGGCCCGAGCCAGCUUGAGACUGACCCUGUCAAGUGUCUAUGAUAGGCUCCUCCUGCCUCCACCCCCGCUGGAGCCACCUACCACGUGUGUCUGGUCCCAGGAGUUCACAGGCACCCAACCUGGUGUAGCGGGUAUAACAGGCAGCUUCCUAGCCCCCAGCCCUGUUGAUGUGAGCACCAUGAGGCUCCACAAYUCUGUCUUUCUUCCAAAGCUCCCAGCCCCUGAGCCCCUUACCCCUCCUGCCCACCCCAACAGCCCCCAGCUUGCAGGCACCAGGCCUGGGGCCAUUGGUGGCACAACAUCCCUCCUGGAGCCCACCCCUGAUGCACCCAGUCUGAUCCGGAGCAGCCCUGGACACUGGAGGGAACACGGGCUGCCAGCUGAGGUCCUUCCUUCAGCUCCCCCUGAGCUGAGCAAUGUGGGGAGCAUCGUGCACAGACUGCAGGCUGCCUUCCAAGAAGCCCUGGACCUUUACCACAUGUUGGUCUCCAGCAACCAGGUGGGCACUGAACGGCAGCAAGCACAGGCUGAGCUGGCCUCCACCUUCCUUUGGAUCCACAGCCAGCUGGAAGCCAGCGACUGGCUAGUUGGGACUGAUACGACCCCAGCCCCAACCCUACCCAGCCCAGAUCCCCCGUCUCCACCCACACUAUGCCCCCUGGCCAGCCCAGACUUGCAAGCCCUGCUGGAACACUACUCAGAGCUGCUGGUGCAGGCGGUACGCAGGAAGGCACGGGGGGACUGA